CCGCCACAUUUCAAUAAGCUUCGCCGAGAUAACGGAUGAACGCCGGGAUUGAUGAGAUGGACGCCGAUUAGAUGCAAGUGCCGUGCCAAUUCUGACAACACACGGUCCACGGAAGCCCACAAAGGCUCGACGUGAGACUUGGAGUACGCUAGAGUCGACUAUAGAGGCUACAAAUUGGGCGAGCUCGAAUACGCACAUUUCUCAAGCCGAGAGAAUCAUUUGUCGCUCUUAUCAUGUCCGCUCCUCCGGUCGUCGCCUUUCACGACCGGCUUUCUGGCACCUCCAACGGUGCUGGAGACCUGCACACGCACGACGGGUCGACGUUUCACACCCAUGGGCAUGAUCAUCAUGCUACAGGUGCACAGCUAGGACCAACGGAGCAUGGUCAUUCGCAUGAACACUUGGAGAAUGCAGGGAAAUUUGCCGAGCGUGAUAUGCCCGAUUACACCGGACGUGAUUGGUCAGAGAGAGCCUUCACGAUUGGUAUCGGAGGUCCAGUGGGAUCAGGCAAGACGGCACUGCUGUUGAAUCUGUGUCGUACCUUCCGGGACGAAUACAACAUCGCCGCCGUGACAAACGACAUUUUCACUCGUGAAGACCAAGAAUUCCUGAUUCGAAAUGAGGCACUGCCGGCAGAGCGUAUACGAGCCAUUGAGACUGGUGGAUGCCCUCACGCAGCUAUCAGAGAGGAUAUCUCUGCCAAUUUGGGAGCGCUGGAAGGGUUGCAAGCUACAUUCCAGACCGAAUUGUUGUUUGUGGAAUCGGGAGGAGACAACUUAGCCGCCAACUACUCGCGCGAGCUCGCAGACUAUAUCAUCUACGUGAUUGACGUGUCGGGAGGUGAUAAGAUUCCUCGGAAAGGCGGACCUGGCAUCUCCCAGAGUGAUCUACUCAUCAUCAACAAGACCGAUCUGGCACCCCACGUUGGUGCAUCACUGGAAGUGAUGAGACGCGACGCGGCUGAGAUGAGAGAUUCUGGUCCUACGCUGUUCACCAGCAUCCUCCAUGGUGAGGGGGUACAAGCUGUCAAGGAGGCGAUUCUAGGUGCUUGGAAGGUCAGCGGAGCUGCGCGACAAGGGCAGGAUAAGGGAAAGGCUGCGCAGCAGUAGCGUCCACAUCUCACAUACCGUUGAUCAUGCAUCUCAGUCCUCGAA